AUGGCACUCGUCACAAUCUCUGGCUACCCAGCAUCAGGAAAAUCGUGCAGAGCGCAACAACUGAAGACCUUCCUUGAAGACCGAAUACAAAAUCCGUCUUACGAUGGCCCGAAACUCAAAGUUACUGUAAUCUCGGAUGACAAUUUGAACAUCAAAAGGCACGUCUAUGAUGAUGGCCGGCAGGAGAAACCAGCGCGAGCUUCGUUGUUUACUGCGAUGCAACGAGCUAUUGGGAAGGACACUAUUGUCAUUGUGGACGGAAUGAACUAUAUCAAAGGCUAUAGAUACCAGAUGUAUUGUGCUGCGAGAGAACACAGAAUCCGGGUUUGCACUGUAUUUGUUGUAGCAAAACCUGAACAAUGUCGAGAAUGGAACGCAGCUCGGGAAGAAGAGAGUGAUUCGUACAGCACGGCUACGUAUGUUCUGCAAAUUGCUGCUGUAUAUCGUCUGUUUCAUCAGAGUCUCAGGCUGGAUAACCUUAUCAUGCGAUACGAGGAACCCUCAUCCAUGGUUCGAUGGGAUUCUCCACUCUUCACUGUUCCCUGGACAGACGAAAACUUACCGGAAGAGGAUAUCUGGAAAGCCAUUAUGGAGGGUGUGGUAAAGCCUCCUAAUGCAGGAACGUCAGCUGUAGCUGUCGCGCCAACUGAUGCUUUACACACACUUGAAGCAACAGUCGCAGCAAUGGUCUCUGCGAUCACCUCCGAACAAGCUGCAUCGCAAGGUCUAGGCAUCGGAGGGGAGAUUAUCCUGCCACUAUCCGCUACGGUAAAACCGAGACUCAGGUUACCGGCCAGAAAUAUAACUCUAUCGGAGCUACAAAGACUCAAACGUCAAUUUGUUACGAUUCACAAAAAGGCGAUUACUUUGGGAACGACAGAGAAAGGUGCUGUUGAUUGGAGUGAAGACAAAGUGGCUGAAAAGUUUGUAACGUAUUUGGAGGAGAAUUUGAAACCAUAA